AUUUGAUCCAUUUGUAGCUCACCGCGGUAUUUUGAAAUGUAUCCGUUACUACACAUUUAAGAUGGCAUCUUACCUAACUUAUAAUGAUAUCAGCUGUAUCCAGACAACGUAUGGUUGUUUGUUACGUAUUUACUUGUAUUUUCGUGGUUAUACAGCUUUAUAUUCAGCUGUAUGUAUAUGUUUUCAAAAGUUCAUUCUUGUCUACCGUCGAAAUUUCAAGUCGUACAAACAAAAAUGGUAGCCUAGAUAAAAUAACAAAGUGUCUUCGCAGUAAUAAAUACGUUUGGAGUGCUUACAACCGCACAAGUUCAGAAAGCUGCAAACAAAUAUUUAUUGGUGUAGGUUGUUCUCCUGUUACAUACGAAGGCUUUUCUAGCAGCUUUUGCCAUGUUCAAGGUAACCUUAGCGAACAACCGUCUUUCGUCGGCUGCUUCCUCAUCCGUCACAGUGAACUUAACUUCGUUAAGUCGAGUGAAUACAAAGAUGAUAAUGAUUGUCUGAGCAUCUGUCGUUCUCUGGGCAUAGCGUAUUCAUGGUUAGGUCCUAGUCAUACGUGCUGGUGUAUGAUGCAGCUACCGAAUGAAUCAAGAAGCAUCCCUCUUUCUCAAUGCAGCAUCAAUUGCACUCUUGAAGGACACGGUUUCGGUCCUAAUAAUCAUCCGCUUUGUCCUGACCCAGUCCCGGUCCGGGUUUAUGCGACAAAGGCAAGUCCUCCUUGGCAUCCUGUUCCUCUUUCUCUUAAGUCUGGUCUUAUCGACCUAGUAUCUUCGAAACCAGUAAGGAUAGUCUAUCUACUUGUCUGGAAUGGAAGGAGUUGGCCCCAUAUCCGUCGAAUGUUCGAGCUAAUAUACAACACUCGACAUUAUUAUUACAUUCAUGUGGAUGCGCGAUGUGGUUAUCUGUACACAAUGGUUAAAUCUUUUAUUGGAAACUACCCGUCAAAUGUCUACCUAACAUCUACUCGGUUUUCGCCAAUAUGGGGUGGACAAAGUCUACUUGAUAUGUUCUUGUCAUCAUUAAAAGAUUUAUCCUUUAAUAUGAGUGAUUGGGAAUGGGACUUUGUGAUCAACUUGAGUGAAAGCGAUUUGCCUAUCAGACCUAAUCAUGAACUGGUUACCUAUUUGAGUCACAAUCGGGAUAAAAUUUUUCUACGCUCAUUCAGUCAUACUGGGCAAAGUUUCUUAAGAAAUCAAGGUUUUGGUCAGUUAUUCCUCGAAUGUGACUCAUAUGUAUGGCACCUAGGUGAACGAUCGGUCCCAUCUGGAAUUAUUUUAGACGGUGGUUCUGACUGGAUGAUACUGCCUAAAAUAUUUGUGGACUAUGUUAUUUACAGUGAUGCUAAUUUAUUACGCGAUAUCAAGGAAUACUUCCGCUAUAGUUUGCUACCAGUUGAGAGCUUUUUUCAUACUGUUGCGCAAAACACUCACUUUUGCACCUCAGUCAUCAAUCAUUAUCUACGGUUUAUCAAUUGGAAAAGACCACAAGGUUGUGGCUGUAAAUAUGGCAGUGUGGUUGAUUGGUGUGGUUGUUCUCCACUUGCAUUGAACGGACCAAAAGAUGCAGAACUUUUAUGUGAAUUAACCGGGAAGUGUUUAAAGCCAGAUUACGGAUUACAGCCAUUAUUUUUUGCUCGCAAAUUUGACUCAACCAUUGAUCUGGGGAUAAUAAAUUUUGUUGUAUAUAAAUUGUUAGAGCGUUCCGAUGGAACAGGUAGUCUAGUUCAAGAUUCAUUUUUCGUCCAAAUUAUUUUGAUAUCAUAGUGAUGAGUUAAAUUAUUCAAAUAUAAACGUAUAUGGGUUUUGAUGUAACUGCAUUUGGAUAGAUUUGAUUAAUUUAAGGAGAAAUAAUUCUAUUAGUUCAGUGAAAUUUAUAGUUUUUGGCUAGAAAUCAGAAAUACCCAUUGAAAUUAUCCUCUCUUUUCCAAAUAUUAUAUGCAUUAGACAUAAAUCUCAUAAAAGUUGUCCUCAGUUUUUGUGGACUAUAUUUUGUUGACUGUUUUUCUAAUUAUCAGUAACUAUUUUACGCUAGCAAUGUCUCGAUUGUGUUUGACGUAUAGAUAAGCUUCAAAUAUCAUUUAAAAUGUUAGCCUGUAUUUCACCUUAUGUACCUUAAUACAAAACUGUAGAAAAAAUUCAUGUAAAGUUCCUCGCUCCAUUUUAACUGGAAGUUGGGAUAGCAAUCUAACAGCUGUGUUCAGUCUACUUUUUACCCAGACUAUAGUUAAAUCCAUUCAAUCUGUAAAACAAGCUGCAGAAUUUGCGUAGUAUAUUUAUUGUGUCCUGAGAUCCGAUUUUGGUUGUUAAUGCAUUCUUUUAUGUGCUCUAUCAACCGGCUAACCAGAGCGGGAGACAUAAUAAUAAACAAAACUCCGUCAAUGUAAUUUGUCGAACUGGUCCAUGCAGAAACGUGGUGGGAUCACUUUAGAUAAGUGAAUAGUUCACCUCCCCGCACUUGCGCCACUCACCUUACGAGGUGGUUAGUGUAUAACAUGGUGUCUGGUGUGAAAGAAAGCUGCAAAGGGCUGAGGUCCGAAAGAUGGUCCAACACAUUGGAUAGAGACAUUAUCAGAUAUGGCUUAGAAUAGAAGCCAGUGGCGAUCCUGCUGUAACCUUCUUUUACUUUCUUUAUAAAAAGUGGUUGUAUCUUCCUUAACUGAAAGAAUUCUUCUGGUUGUACCUUUCCGUUUCCCCCAUUAUUAUUACUACACUACCUUACACUAAUCUGUGGUCUCUAUUGUUCUUCUUUUCUCUUAUACGCUCCUUACCUUCUUUUUUCUCUUCCCAUUGUUUUGUGUGGUGCAUAUAUAUUUGGUCCCCCCUUGUACCAAUAUUUAUGUGUUCAAAUAAAUAAAUAAAUCACCUUACUGUGUACUUACGACAAGAUAUAACCCUUUUGAGUUCGUCCAGUAUAGCAAUGCUGAUUCUUCAUUUAUCAGUCCAAUUUUUUCUUUUGUUUCAGUUAACCUGCGUAACGAUAACUAUUAUUUGGAAAAUAUCUACUCAAAAGAGGAGGAUUCAUUAAUAGAGAAUCCACAUCGACAAACACUGUAUUUAGCUUUGAAGUGUUUAUCAAAGAAACUAAUGUAUCAAUUUUUACGAAAUUCUAACUACAAUCCUGAUUUGUUGUAUGCAAAGUCAUCGCUUUUAAAUAGUUUUGCGUUGUUCAAUGCAACAGGUUGGGAAGAAUUCUAUCAUAUUCCGUCGAACGAGCUAUUGAAUACAUGGGUUAAUAAAAGGAACAUUGUACCUCCAUUAGUAAUACAAAUUCGGCUGACAGAAUUUACAAAUUUGAGUACUAUUAACGAUAGAAACCACUUUAUCGUAGAAUUCCUGGUACAUCCACCAUCACUUAGUUUCACUACUGUAGAUACCAUUAGUAACCUAUUACCCGGUGAUAUUGGGUUUCUAGAAAUCAGUUCAAAUUUCGAUGUCAAAGAACAAAUAUUUCGUAAUUAUCCACGUUUUUUAACGUUACAAGAAACCUUAACUAUUUUAGUAUUAUGGAAAGGAAAUUCUGAUCAUAAAAUAUACAAAACUUCAGUUGUAUUCACUUUAAUCAAUCCUUUAGGUAUACCUUGUUUGAAACAACUCAAAUUACCACUUAUACAAAAUAAACAUACUCUUCGGUCAUUGGCUAUGCCAGAACUAUAUAUCACUACGAGUCUAUUUAAAAACACAAUUUUAAUGAAUUGUGUACAAAAACAUGUUAAUAUUGUUCCUGGUGAAUGGACUAUUAUUGCCGUAACUUCAAGUGGACAGAUUAGUCGUGCCAAAUUCGUUCUAUUUGACCCAUUGAAGCUUAGCCAGUCAUUAAGACUUCCUUAUAAAUUAUUGGCAGACGAGAAAUUGUUCGAUUCAAAGUCGUGGAAUUCUGUUCAAGUGACUGACUUUUGUAUAAUCCAACAGUCGACUAAAGGGAAAUCGAAUUCGUUGUAUACUAAUAAUAUUACCUUUCGCAUUUUUAACAGUUUGUUAAAUGAUUUUCGUCGAAAUUGUACUUCUGUUCAGUGGAGUUCCUUUUUUAAAUAUUCUCAUUUGUAAUUCCUUUUUAUUUGCAAUUUUUUACCAGAUCUGCUUCCCUCUUUGUAAAUAUUCACAGUUUAGCUUUAAUUAUAUUCACAUUUUUU